AUGGCUCCAAACACUGUCUAUGUCAUCACGGGUGCCAAUCGAGGUAUUGGCCUUGGCCUUGCUCAGACUUACAUUACCCGCCCUUUUACUACCGUGGUUGCCAUUGUUCGGAACGGUGCUAGUGCUGCAGCACUCAAAGAUGCCAUGGACAAAACUACCAAAGGAGAGAAUAGCAUUCUCUAUGUUGUCCAGGUCGAUUUUUCAAUCCCAACCACGCCUAAAAGCAUUCGCGAGCGUUUCACUGCCGCUACUGGCGACUUGGGGCAUGUCAAUACAGUGAUAUGCGCAGCGGGCUACAUUACUACUGUAGUUCCGUCAAUUGAAAUGACGGCAGAGCAGCUUCGCGAGUGCUUCGAAGUCAACACUAUCGGGCCCCUAAUGGUUCUCCAGGCUAUCCGAGACCUGCUGGAGAAGGGCAACGAAGCGACGGGCCUACCCUCAAAGUUCGUUGUUCUUUCUUCAUCUGUGGGUUCCAUUGGAGGCAUGGAGCCUUUCCCAGGCGGCGCCUACGGUCCUAGCAAAGCUGCCGUUAACCACAUAGUCAAAUCGAUUCACCACCAAAUGGCUGGCACCGGGCUUGUUAGCGUGGCACUUCACCCUGGAUGGGUUCAGACAGCGAUGGGAAAUUUCAUGGCGAAGGCAUGGAGCUAUUCAGCGGGUCCUCCAGACACUAUUGACGGUAGCGUUAAAGGCGUUGUCAAAGUCGUCGACGAGGCGACGCGUGAUAAUGUUUCUGGGAAGUUUGUCACCCAAAAUGGCGUGGAAAUUCCCUGGUAG